GUGUGUUCGCUGGAUGGGGUCGGGACGUUUGUUGACAACAUCAGUAGAACGGAGCCUAUGAAGUUUGUAAUUUUGCGGAGCCUAUGAGUGUAACUUGCUUAUGUGUACAGUAUAUAUCAAAAUAGUAAGAAAGAUUUAGAUUAACGAAUUCUUUAACAUGAUAAUGGAUGCGCCAACGUUAAUUAUUGAAACGGAUGAUCUACAAUAUGAAGAAGAACUUCUCCGAAACCCUUUUUCAGUAAAACAUUGGCAACGGUACAUAGAACACAAAAAAGAUGCUGCAUCUGAACAGCUUAACAAGGUCUAUGAAAGAUCAUUGCUGCAAAUGCCUGGGAGUUACAAACUUUGGCACCAGUAUCUAAGAUUACGAAUGCAGCAGGUAAAAGGUCGCUGCAUCACGGAUCCAGAGUUCGAGAGUGUUAACAACACUUUCGAACGUGCCUUGGUAUUCAUGCACAAGAUGCCCCGUGUAUGGAUAGAUUAUUGCCACUUUUUGAUGAAUCAGAAAAAAAUAACAAGAACUAGGAAGACAUUUGACCGUGCCCUCUGUGCUUUACCAAUAACACAACACAACCGCAUAUGGCCUCUGUAUCUUAAGUUUGUGAUGUCUUACAAUAUUCCAGAAACAGCUGGUAGAGUUUGGAGGAGAUAUCUGAAGCUAUGUCCAGAAGAUACUGAGGAUUACAUUAGCUAUCUUAUAUCCAUUGGCCGAUUAGAAGAAGCAGCCAAAAAAUAUGAAUGGUGUGUUAACACAGACUCCUUUACUUCCAAGUAUGGCAAAUCGAAACAUCAGUUGUGGUCUGAACUUUGUGAACUUAUCUCCAAAAAUCCUCAGGAAACUAGCCUGAAAAACGCAGAAGCCAUCAUUCGUCAUGGUCUUCAGCGUUACACGGACCAAGUUGGUAUGCUGUGGAACUCUUUGGCUGAAUUCUAUAUCAUAAGUGCUCUAUUUGAAAGAGCUCGAGAUGUAUAUGAAGAAGGGCUGAGAAGUGUGAUGACAGUGCGAGAUUUUACGCAAGUGUUUGAUGCCUAUGCUCAGUUUGAAGAAUUAAUGCUAAAAAAACGUAUGGAAGAAGUGGGAAAUGAAGUUGAAGAAGAAGAUGAAAUUGACCUCGAAUUACGGUUGGCUAGAUACGAAGAUCUGAUGCAACGCAGACCACUUUUACUCAAUUCAGUUAUGCUACGGCAAAAUCCACAUAACGUUUUAGAGUGGCAGAAGAGAGUAACACUCUAUGAAGGAAAGCCUAAAAUGAUUGUUGCUACAUAUAUGGAAGCAGUAAAAACAAUUGAUCCAAAACAAGCAACAGGAAAGCUGUUUUCACUUUGGGUUAACUUUGCCAAGUUUUAUGAAGAAAAUAACCAAAUUAUAGAUGCACGAAUUAUAUUUCAGCGAGCUACUGAAGUAACAUAUGUAAAGGUUGACGAUUUAGCCAGUGUUUGGUGUGAGUGGGCUGAAAUGGAAAUAAGACACGACAAUGAAGAAGAAGCUCUAAAGCUUAUGAAAAGAGCCACAGCACCACCACCUCACAAAGUUGCAUAUAAUGAUGAGUCAGAACCCGUUCAGCGGCGAGUAUACAAGUCCCUUAAGCUGUGGUCAAUGUAUGCUGACUUGGAGGAAUGUCUUGGUACCUUUAAAUCCUGCAAGGCUGUGUAUGAUAGAAUUAUUGACUUGCGGAUUGCUACUCCACAAAUUAUUAUAAAUUAUGGAAUGUUUCUGCAGGAAAACAACUACUUUGAAGAAGCAUUUAAAGCAUAUGAAAAAGGCAUCUCCUUGUUCAAAUGGCCAUAUGUGUAUGAUAUUUGGAACACUUACCUCACCAAGUUCCUUGAACGUUAUACGGGAACUAAGAUAGAGCGUGCAAGAGAUCUGUUUGAACAGUGUCUAGAGAAAUGUCCUCCAAGCUAUGCUAGAAACCUAUACCUCUUAUAUGCCAAGAUGGAGGAAGAGCAUGGGCUGGCAAGACAUGCCAUGCAGGUAUAUAGCCGUGCAACCAAAGCAGUACCACCUGAAGAGAAAUUGGCUAUAUACAACAUAUACCUCCAACAUGCUCAGCAGAUUUAUGGUGUAACAAGAACAAGAGAAAUUUAUCAGGAAGCAAUUGAUGACCUUCCUGAUGAAGGUGCCCGUGAAAUGUGCUUACGUUUUGCUGAAAUGGAAAGAAAGCUGGGUGAAAUUGACCGUGCUCGGGAAAUUUAUGCCUACUGCAGUCAUAUAUGUGACCCACGUAUCACUGCAGAAUUCUGGGCCAAGUGGACUGAUUUUGAAGUUGCUCAUGGCAAUGAAGAUACUAUGAAGGAGCUACUUCGCAUCAAGAGAUCUAUGCAAGCUAAAUACAACACCCAGGUGAACAUGAUGUCUGCACAAAUGUUAGCAUCUGCAGACACAGUUGCAGGCACUGUUUCUGAUCUUGCCCCAGGUGCUAAGGAUGGCAUGCGCAUGUUAGAGGCUCGUGCUGUAGCCAUGAACCAGUUAGAGGAACAAAAUCCUCCACCAUCACAUGCUCCACCUGCAGGUGGCUCCAAAAUAUUAUUUGUACGAGGCACAACUACCAAAAGGGACGACGAGGUUGCUGAUACAGCUCGUACUGCAAACCCAGAUGAAAUUGACUUAGAUGAUGAGGAUGAUAAUGAUGAUGAUGAUGAUGACGAUGAUGAUGAUGAUGACCUUCCUCAGCAACGAGAAGUACCAUCAGCAGUGUUUGGCCAGCUCAAGAAGGAGUAAACUGUAAUUGUUUUAACUUUGGUCUGUUUAAUAAAAUGUAAAUAAAAUUUUA